UUGAGACGAUUCAAGGGCUUACACCUGUCACCAGAAAGUUUGUCUCAAAAUUCUCUAAUUUUCAAUCAAUUCCCUGAUAAAAUAAACAGACUCAUCAUCGUCUCUCUGGAAAGUAAAUUAUUCAAUGUUAUUUCUUCACAAUAUGAGGAAAAGUAUUAGUUGCCAAGAGAUUGAAACUGAUUUCGAUAAUUGUUGAGACAAAAUGACGUUGAAGCUGAAGGAGAAAAUUUGUGACUAUUUGAGACUGGAGAAUAAUGGCAGCAAGGGGGUUCUGUGUAAAAAUAGAUUUCGAUUUACAAGCAAUAACGUGUCCUGGAGUGUGGCUCUGUCCAAAUGGAACAGUAGCCCUUCGUAUAAACGCCUUCAACUCCCACAUUCAGUCCCGGAAGACAACUCCGAUAUUCCCCCUUCUGUUUAAUGACAAAUUUCUAUUCAAAAAAAUAUUCCCAGGUGUUUGCAGUCUCAGUGAUCUUCAAUGUUGUUUGGAAGACGAAUUUAUUUAUGCUGAAUUGAUCCAGUGGCCAUCGGUGGGAUGUAAGGGAGUGAUUCUCGCUACUUUCGAGACUAAUCUGGUGGAUCUCCUAUAUCCCGUCCCUUGUUUCAAAGGACUACUGGCGGGGGCUGAUGUAGAUCUUUUAAUGGAGUGCAGUAAAUAUUUUCCGGGUAUCAUAGCUCCAAAAAUUGAAGUUUCUACUAGAACUGUAAUCGAAGAAGUCGUAGGAAUUUGCGAAUUGGAUCUCGCUGGGUCACAUGUUAUAAAUCCAAAGUUGAUCAAUUCAAAGGGGCGUCCUUGUGUGCAUCGAAAAAAACCACCGGUGGGUAUAUUACGACAGAGAAAGGUGUGCCACAGUCAGGGAAGACCAAAAUCUCCAUCGACUCGCUGCAAACAUCACCAUCAUCACCACUGUCUCUCCGAUUCUUUCCUCGUCUCUUCGACCACUCAAAAAUCCCAAACCCACGUGAACCAGUGCUAUCAAAAGCUGAACAAGUCUCCAAAGUCUUUCAGCCCAGGUCCAUGUCGAAGAAUCAUCGAAUCCUCUGCUCUUCAGCAUCGAUAUCACGACCUUGAUGACUGCUCUGUAUGUCUGAAGUACAAAACAUUGUUUUCAAAGAAAUCGAGUCACGACAACAUCUGCCAGUGCGACUCCGACACUCGUAAAGAAGCUAUUUACGGUGUUUGUGAUGUUUCGAACUGCACUGAACAUGCCUCGUCAAAAUCAACUUCUUCUAUACUCCAAAGGAUCAGGAGCCUUCAAAGAUGUUCCAGAUGACUAGGCGUAAAUGAUAAACGAUGAAAUUAUAAGAAACAAAAAAUGAAAUUUAUUGGUAAAAAAAUUAUACCAAAUUCAAUCACCAAUUUUCCGUUCAUUAAGUUAACUAAUCAAGUAUACCCAUUUCUCAGUUAAUAUUUGCAUUAUUAUUUCACAUAAAAAUGCUAAACGUAAAAUAUCCAGCCUUCACCAAAAACAAUUUUGUUCCACAAUUUUUCUUUCCGAUGCUUUGUUUCCACGGAGUUUAUUUAAAAUUUGAGGGCUGGCUCUUUCCUUUUCCUCCUUGCUGAGUGAUGUAUUUAGUGCAUACAAUGUAUUCUUGAUGUUCAUGGUAAUUAAUAAUAAUAAUUGAGUUCCCUGGUUCGUAGCACGCGCCUUAUUGUAUGCUAAUGAUUACAGAAAUGAAUUAAUCAUCGUUUGUAACAGAGUGUAAUGAGUGAAUGAGUACAUUCAUAACGUUUAGAACAUUGUUAUUAUGACUUUACUAAAGUCUUUGAAUAUUUUGCUCAUCUUCUCAUUAAACUUUACCUUCUAUUAAAUAAUUAAAUCAAUUUAACCAAAAUCAGCGUCACGUGGUUGUGUAAUUUUUCCUCUCUUGUUUUUCGUAAAAAUUUCUUAGGAUUUUACAGUAAAAAACGACGAUUUUUUCGAAAAUUACAAUUUGAUGAAUUGAUAUGUGUUAGUUUUCUUCACUGAUUUAUUAUUUACUUCUAGUCUUCAGGGAUCAGGACCAAAUGUAUGCGUCAAUUCAGUAGUAAAGUUGUAGAAGAUGAGUUUCUUAUCCUGUGAAUUCUAUUGGGAGGAAUGGGUAUAGAAAAAAAGUGUCAAGACAUUUUUUCUUCCGUAGAAAAUUCUGCAAAAAUAUCUACUAACUGGAUGAACUUUACAUUUCUGGAAUUAUCUUAUUCAUUUUAGGUAAAUAAAUUCAAUGCAAAUGGUUUGUAAAUGGUGUCAUACCUAAUGAUUUUGGAAGAAAAAAAAUGCUAAGAGACUUUUUCUCCUGCUCACAAAUUCUCUCAUAAGAGAGAUAUUCUGAUUCCUUCAUCUGAAGCCAUAAGUUGUAUAGAUGUUUAUAAAUUAUCUAAAGUGUUCGAAUUAGGGAAAUUAAACAAAUUAGCCCUCAUCAGCACCGUCCUGAUCCCCAAGAGAUCAUUAAAAUUUCAUGAGUGAUUUUUAAUGGUCAGAGAUGCGUGAAAACGAGUAAUAAAAGCACAGUGACAUGAUUAAAUACUUUGACAAAUGUAUCCUAAUGUUUUUUUCUUUAAUUAUUGACUACGAACCAACGUGACUAUCCCGCGGAUUUCCAUUAUUCUCAUCUAGUUUAUCACCCAUACCUUCACAAACACAUUAUAAAUAAUAUCUACUCAAUUAUAAAUUAAAAUAUUCUCAUAUUCUGAAUUCAGUAAAGAAUUUUUUUAGAAUGUGUAAAUUAUUUUUCUAUUCCCAAGGAUCACACAAUAGGUAAACAAUGCGAAGCACAUGAAUAUCUCUUGAAUUAAUUAGAUGUGGAUCAAGAGAUUUUGGGGAAAAUGAGUAUGAAAUACUAUUCCAUUGUCAAUUCGCGACGUUUCGUUUAUUAUUUAAGCUUUCUCAGACUCUUGACAAAUUAUAGGAUGAAAACUGACAGGUGUUUAUGAGUUCUGUGAUAAUUUAUGCAGAUGGGUUUGUUGUCGGACAUAAUUGUUAUUAAUUUUUAUCCUGCUGACAUAUUAUGAUUUAUGAAUGGCCUGCGGAAGCUAAAAUAAUAAGCGAAAGGUUACGAAUUGACGACGGAAUAAUAUUGUUCAUUCAAUUUAUCAAAAAUUCCCAUGAUCCAUUUUCUAAUCGAUUAACUAACAUGUCAAUGAGUAACUUUGUCUCUUAAAUAAUAAACAUGUACAGUGUAUUAAGCAGCACCAGCUGUGAUACACAUUCUUCUCUGUACUAAAUUUCAAAUGAAUUUUUUGAACAAAUUGCGACGACUAGAAGUGGCUAACAAAGACUCAACAUUUGGUAAUUGCAGUAGUUUUGUAAGAGAAAAAGAAUUAUUAACCUUAAAAUUUGUUUUCUCCUCGAAUAGUACAAAACUUUUAAUCUAUUCUAGUAAAAUUUAUAAAUACGACCAAUGAAAUGGCUAAUAAUUAAUUUUCUCAGAUGUUUACAAUCAGAAAUGUGAACGCAAUAAAUCAUUCUCAAUUUUACAACAUUACUUAUACAAAAGCCCUCUCAAUUCUGCAUUGAAGUUGU